AACUAAAUAUCUUUAAACCCUCAAGACCUUAUUGCCGCACCCGGCUAGGUUUGUGAUUAUUUUGAACUCCGUACUGAAUGAGGCACCUAGUCGGAAUUUGAAUCUCCUCUGCACGGGGCUCUGGUCACAUCAGUAACUCCCCUCCCCAGGAGUUUGAUCUAGGUUCGCCCUUACUCGGUUUCUGGUGGCACCUCGGGCUCCACAGAGUACGCAUGUCGGAGGAGGGCAGCUCCGAGUGCCCGGUGUGUUACGAGAAGGUUUCGCGCCAGAACCAGUCCCUCCGGACGCUGAGCUGCAACCACGUCUUCUGCCACGACUGCCUGGUCAAGACGGUCAUCAACCAGGAGAGGCAGCCCAAGAAGGUGGUCUGCCCCGUCUGCCGGCACGUCACCUUCCUCAGCAAGAAGAGCGCGCGCUGGACCGCCGCGGCGAAAGACGCCAAGCAGACCCUGGAGAUCCCCCUGGCGCCCACCGCCACCCGGGACCUCCGGCCGCUAGGGGCGCAGCUGGGGGCGCCGCCGCCUCCUCCUCCGCCGUCGCGCUCGCUACUCCGCCGCUGGGUGGGCAGUUGCCGCCGGACUUUGGCCGCCGCCCGGCACCCGGCGGCCGUGGGUACCAGUCAGGUUUUUGUGAUCAGCGGCCGGGGGAGGCCCAUGAGCGAGGAGGAGCUGAGGGUCCCCGCUGACGGACUGGUGUUGGAGCACAGGCGCUGCAGGUUGCGCUGGGUGCUGCUGCUGCUCUGUUUGAUCAUCAUCGGCGCAGUGGUGGCUGCUAUCCUGCCCUGGGUCAUCUCCUUCAAAUGACAGCACUGUUGGGCAGUGAAGCCCAGUCUGAACACAGCAGACUCCUGGGGGUGACAAGUACUUUAGUACUUUAUAUAUAUAUACGUGGCGGAGAAAAGAAAGGGACUUUAUUUGGAGCUGUGCUCACUUGCUGCAUUUUUUUGUUUAACUUACCAGGAAUGUACUUUGGCAACUCCUGAGAGGGACCAGCCGAAUGGAGAAAAUACCAAUUGCACUUGUACAGAAAUUCUUUUUUGCAUUAAAAUCAUGAUCAGUUUGUCAAGACAAA